AUGGCCAUGGAAGCUCACCGCAACUCCACCCACUUCAUCCUCCUGGGUCUCAUUACUCACCCUGCCUGCCCCAGCCUCAUCUUUGCAAUCAUCUUCUCCAUCUUCGUGGUGGCCGUCACAGCUAAUGUGACCAUGAUUUUGCUCAUCCAUGGGGACCCACACCUCCACACACCGAUGUACUUCUUGCUCAGCCAGCUUUCUCUCAUGGACACUGUCUACAUCUGUGUCACUGUUCCCAAGAUGCUCCAAGACCUGCUGUCUAAGGAGAAGACCAUUUCCUUCCUGGGUUGUGCAUUCCAGAUCUUCUUCUACCUGACCCUCAUUGGAGGCGAGUUCUUCCUGCUGGGCCUAAUGGCCUACGACAGGUACGUGGCCGUCUGCAGACCCCUGCGGUACCCUCUGCUCAUGAGUCGGAGGGUUUGCAUGCUCAUGGUGGUGGGCUCCUGGGUUGGCGGGUCUUUGGAUGGAUUCAUGCUGACUCCUGUCACCAUGAGCUUCCCCUACUGUGGGCCCCGGGAAAUCAACCACUUCUUCUGUGAGAUUCCAGCGGUGCUGAAGCUUUCCUGCACAGACACGUCCCUCUACGAGACCCUGAUGUAUGCCUGCUGCGUGCUGAUGGUUCUCAUCCCUUUGUCUGUCAUCUCCGUCUCCUACACACGUAUCCUCAUCACGGUGCACAGGAUGAACUCGGCUGAGGGCCGGCGCAAAGCCUUCACCACCUGCUCCUCCCAUAUCAUGGUGGUCAGCAUCUUUUACGGGGCAGCCUUCUACACCAACGUGCUGCCCCACUCCUACCACACCCCCGAGAAGGACAAGGUAGUGUCUGCCUUCUACACCAUCCUCACCCCCAUGCUCAACCCUCUCAUCUACAGCCUGAGGAACAGGGAUGUGACGGAGGCUCUCAGGAAGGCCCUGGGUCGGUGUUCCUCCUCCUGGAGAAUCAGAGCACAGGACACAUCUCAGAAAUACUAG